GGAGCAGAUCGCGUCGCGAUUGUUUGUUUGAGGAGGGAGGACAGGUGAGAAACCAAGCUCAAAAAAAAAAAAAAAAAAAAAAAAAGGAAACCGAGGUCGAGCUCUUUACAGUGUCGGGGCCUGAAAUGCUUUUUGUCGUCAGCGAGGGAAACGAGAACCGGCCGCGCAGCCACGUGGUCUUUGUUCUGUCUUUAGCGGGCGAAAAGACGAUCACCGCCCGCGCAGCCACGUGGCACAUGUUUUGUCGUUAGCGGUGGGAAAUGACGACGACCGCACGAGCAGCCACGUGCUGAUUGCCUGGCCGAUGGCUUGCCAGCUUGGCCCCUCUCUCGCCAUAGCCACGGCAGCAAAAGCUUCUUCUCAGACGACAAGGUGAACCUCUGAGCUGGACUACUGACUCCAGCUCUCUAUCUCACACCUGAAAAAGGAGAUCAGCCAUGGCUGUGGCUGCAGGAGCAUCUGGCAUCGGGCAAAUCCAACGGCAAGCAUUGGGACUGGGACUGAAGUGGACAGAGGCAGUCGAUGACGGAAAGGGAAAUCUGCGGUCCAGACAUCAUCAGACUGAUCUUCAGAUCCCGUCGUGUAGCGGGUCUUGUGCCUGGGAAGCCCGCACGGUCAGCCAUUAUAGCUUUGUCCGUUUGACAGGCCCUGGGGGGGUGCAAGAGCACAAGCCACCAUCGCUAUCAUGUCCAGCGUCCUCGUUCCGACUGCGCAGAUGGCCAUCAUCAUCAUCGUUGAAACGAGGGACCAGAAGGGUGGCUGCUGUGACGUCAACAAUAAUUGCGCCUGUCUGGAGGAGAGGAGGGAAGCAGGUUGGCAGGAUAGCACCUUGCAGGGCAGCUUCCAUGAGUGGAUCUUCGUCGGCACAGGAGGACCAGGCGAAGGAGGAGCAGCAGGGAAUGGGAGUGGUGGAUGGGAGGAACUUCUCCUCUCCGUUAUCAGAUUACAAUGAGGAGGGGAAGGAGGAGGACCAGGGAAUGGAACCGGCAGAUGGGACCAAUUUGUCAGCUGUGGGACAAGCUUCAAUAGCUAGUCCUGCAUCGUCUCCUCCUCCUCCUCCUCCUCCUGCUGCUGCAAUCAUUUCCCCUGUUCUCUCUAUCCCCAGUGACACUGAAUCUGACACCAAGUCUGACACUGAAUCUGACAGUGAUUCUGACAAGUCUUUUGUGGCUGCUGCUGCUGCUGCUCUAGAUGAUGUUUCUGCUUUUAUGGAUAAUGUUGCUGAUGUUGAUGUGGAUAAUGUUUCUGCUUUUAUGGAUAAUGUUGCUGCCGUUUUGGAUAAUGUUGCUGUUGCUGAUGUGGAUAAUAUUGCUGCUGUUGUAGAUAAUGUUGCUGCUUUUAUGAAUAAUGUUGCUGCUGUUGUGGAUAACGAUGCUCCUGGUCUGGAUAAUGAUAUGGAUUCGUCAUCGUCUGUAGUAAGGGAACCGACGAAUGGAUCUUAUGUACAAUUGGCAGUUGAUCUUGUGGGUAAAUCUGAUGAUGACUCUGUCGAGAGGAUUGCUGCCAUGCGGGAGUCCUCUACCGCAGAGGAAGCUGAUGUGUCACAACCGGUGCGUACCUCUGUCGAUGCAAUGACAGCCGCUCACUCUGACACUGACACUGACACUGACACUGACAGAGCAAGUACGGCAGCUGCAUCUGUGGGGAAGAGAUCGAGUGACUUCCAACAACCCACUGCAGCAGCUUCAGGGAGGAAUGAAAGGGAUGCGAGUUCUUCGUCCGGAGCUUCUGCGGGCAGACGUGCAAAGAGGCGGAGAAACAUUUCUGACUACAUGAGGAUAGUAUCAGACUACUUGAAAUAUGAGAAAGGACCGCCUCGAUGGCUUGCUCCUAUCGAUGCGGAACCGCAGAGGGCCGAUGCACCCUUGAUGCUCUUCCUUCCCGGUAUUGAGGGCACAGGUUUCAGUCUUUUGCUGCAGCAUGAGUCGUUAAAAAGGUAUUUUGAGCUUUGGUGCUUAAGUAUUCCUCCCUCCGACCGCACACCAUUUGGAGAAUUGGUGGACUUGGUUCGAACAACGGUUGAAACCGAGCACAAGCUGAAUCCUGGGAGAGCCAUUUACCUUCUUGGCGAGUCAUUCGGCGGCUCCCUUGCGCUUGCUGCUGCAUCUGAGCUGCAAGAUGUAUACCUGCAUCUUAUUCUAAUCAAUCCAGGUGAUCCCCUGCGUCUAGCAACAGCGGGAUUUGAGGGAUCCCUGCAGCUGUGGGAUCGCAUUUGGAACAUCAGGGAUCGUCUGGUUCAGAUGCUUCCAGAAUUAGGGGUACGUGUGAAAUUGUUGCUGUUGUAGAGGAGGGUCUACUUUCCUUCCUUCAAAGAUUCCUUUUUUCACAUGUUUAUAGUCUCAUUAACUUUUUAGUAAGUUUCUACUGACUGAGAGAGGAUCAGUUUAUGGGCUUAAGUCG